ACAGAACGGUGAAGGUAUCAAAGCGGUGGUAUCUCCAGAGCCAUAUCCAGGAGUGGAAUAUAUAACUAGGAGAAGAUUUCCAACGUUUUCGAAAAGUUUUUCAAUUUGAAACCCAUUAUCAUUACGAUCAGAAUAUCUUUUCUACUAACUUCAAGAUCUUUUGAGGUUUGAAUAUUUGUUUCUGUGCGUCUCUUGUUAGUUUGACAUCCAAACCUUGGCAACUUAAUUCUUGUCAUUGCUGAAUUCUUGGUUUCUUGGAUUUGCUGCCCUCAUUAAUAUUUUUCUUGCUUGAUUCAUAACUACUCAUAAACGAUGUCUUCGAGAGAUUUGCCAAAAUCCUUCAGCGAUCUUGCGUUUGGAUGGACCAGACACUUGGACAAUGAAAUUACAAUCAAUAAGUCCAGCCAAGAGUUGCUGGACAGAGAUAUGCAACCAGAUGAAGUUGAAAAGGAACACAAGGUCAAGAUGAACAACUUGUGGCCAGCUUUCUGCUCUGGUGCAGGUCUUUUCUCAGAUGGUUACGUUAAUAACUCUAUCGGUACAGUGUCCAGUGCUUUGAAGACUCUUUAUCCUGUCGAGUACGGCCAGUCACAUGCAAUCUCCAAUGUUUCCUCUAUUGUUUUCGUUGGUACAGUUGUUGGUCAAUUAGGUUUCGGUUACAUUUCUGACAGAAUUGCUAGAAAGGGUGGAAUGAUGAUCGCCAAUGUGUUAUUGAUCCUCUUCACCUUGUUGUGUGCCGUAGCCACCUGGGGAGCCCAUGGUUCUGUCGGGGGAAUGCUUGCUGCUUUAACCGCUUUCAGAUUCUUCUUGGGUAUCGCCAUUGGUGCUGAGUACCCAACUGCAUCAGUCAUUGCUUCUGAAUUUGCCAAUCAAUUGCCAGCCGGUAAGAGAAACAGAUACUUUUGUUGGUUCACCAACGCCAUGAUUGACUUAGGUUUCGUCGUCUCUGCCUUUGUUCCAUUGGUUCUCUUGUGGAUCUUCUCUCCACGUCACUUGACUGCGGUAUGGAGAUUAACACUCGGUUUGGGUGUCUUCCCUCCUCUUACCCUCUUCUUCUUGAGAAUGAAAAUGUCUAAUUCUGAAUCUUUCAAGAAGAUGAACAUGAAUCACGUUAAGACCUACCCAUACUUUUUGAUUCUUAAGUUUUACUGGUUCAGAUUGACCAUUGUGUCCUUGAUCUGGUUCAUCUAUGAUUUUUCGUCUUACUCUUUUGGUAUCUACUCCAGUUUUAUGAUUGGUGCUAUCAUUCCAGACGGGGACCUCUACAAGACUUGGGGUUGGAAUGUUGUCUUCAACUUAUUCUAUAUGCCAGGUGCUUUCUUGGGUGCCAUUGCUGCAGAUUACUUUGGUCCACGUUUGACUAUUGCUUUUGGAACUGGUAUGCAAGGUGUCGUUGGUUUCAUUAUGGCUGCUUUGUACCCAAAAUUGAAGCACCAUGUUGGUCCAUUUGUUGUUGUCUACGGUAUCUUCUCCACUUUGGGUGAAUUUGGUCCUGGUGAUAACAUUGGUUUGUUGGCUGCUAAGACAUCUGCUACUCCAAUCAGAGGUCAAUACUACGGUAUUGCAGCUGCUAUUGGUAAGAUUGGUGCUUUCGUUGGCACAUAUGUUUUCCCAAUCAUUAUUGACAAUGCUGGAGGUUCGGACACUGACAGGGGUAACCAGAUGCCAUUCUACGUUUCCUCUGCCUUGUGUAUUUUCUCUGCUAUUUUGGCUCUCUUCUUCUGUCCAUCUGUCGGUCAAGAUGCAAUCAAUAAGGAAGAUGAAGACUUCAAGGAAUUCCUUAAAGCUAACGGUUACGAUAUCUCCCAAUUGGGUGACGAUAUGUGGUGUUCUUCAUACUCGCUUUCAAAGUCUAGAUGA